UUCCUUUCCUCUUCUUUCCUCCCUUUUCUCUCUUUCCACACACACAUAAUCUCUGUAUGCCAGGCAUUAUUCUAGGUGCCUCACAAAUACUAAUUCAUUCCAUUCUCAUAUUAAUUUUGGGAAGUAGGAACUAUUAUCAUCAACACUAUACGGAGAAGGAAGCUGAGGUAUAGAAAGUUUAAGUAACUUGUCCAAGGUUGAGCAGCUUGUCAACGUCAUUUUACUACUGGCAUGUGAAACAGGCCCGCAGCGGUGCCGGGUGCUCGCCAGCAUGUCCUUCAUCCCGGUGGCCGAGGAUUCCGACUUCCCCAUCCACAACCUGCCCUACGGCGUCUUCUCCACCAGAGGCGACCCAAGACUGAGAAUAGGCGUGGCCAUUGGCGACCAGAUCCUGGACCUCAGCGUCAUCAAGCACCUCUUUACUGGGCCUGUCCUCUCCAAACACCAGGAUGUCUUCAAUCAGCCUAUGCUCAACAGCUUCAUGGGCCUGGGUCAGGCUGCCUGGAAGGAGGCAAGAGUGUUCUUGCAGAACUUGCUGUCUGUGAGCCAAGCCAGACUCAGAGAUGACACUGAACUUCGGAAGCGUGCAUUCAUCUCCCAGGCUUCUGCCACGAUGCACCUUCCAGCCACCAUAGGAGACUACACAGACUUCUAUUCCUCUCGGCAGCAUGCUACCAACGUCGGAAUCAUGUUCAGGGACAAGGAGAAUGCAUUGAUGCCAAAUUGGCUGCACUUACCAGUGGGCUACCAUGGCCGUGCCUCCUCCAUUGUGGUGUCUGGCACCCCAAUCCGAAGGCCCAUGGGACAGAUGAAACCUGAUGACUCUAAGCCUCCUGUAUAUGGUGCCUGCAAGCUCUUGGACAUGGAGCUGGAAAUGGCUUUUUUUGUAGGCCCUGGAAACAGAUUGGGAGAGCCGAUCCCCAUUUCCAAGGCCCAUGAGCACAUUUUUGGGAUGGUCCUUAUGAACGACUGGAGUGCACGUGACAUUCAGAAGUGGGAGUAUGUCCCUCUCGGGCCAUUCCUUGGGAAGAGUUUUGGGACCACCAUCUCUCCGUGGGUGGUGCCCAUGGAUGCUCUCAUGCCCUUUGCUGUGCCCAACCCAAAGCAGGACCCCAGGCCUCUGCCGUAUCUCUGCCAUGAUCAGCCCUACACAUUUGACAUCAACCUCUCUGUUGCCCUGAAAGGAGAAGGAAUGAGCCAGGCGGCUACUAUAUGCAAGUCCAAUUCUAAGCUCCAUUGCCCAGUGUCCAUCCCAAGGCCCGGCAUGGGAGAAUGGGAGCGAGGACUUUGUUCACAAGAAGCCUCUGCUGUGUAUAUGUACUGGACGAUGCUGCAGCAGCUUACUCACCACUCUGUCAAUGGCUGCAACCUGCGGCCCGGGGACCUCUUGGCUACUGGGACCAUCAGCGGGCCGGAGCCAGAAAGCUUCGGCUCCAUGUUGGAACUGUCGUGGAAGGGAACGAAGCCCAUCGACCUGGGGAAUGGUCAGACCAGGAAGUUUCUGCUGGAUGGGGAUGAAGUCAUCAUAACAGGGUAUUGCCAGGGGGAUGGUUACCGCAUCGGCUUUGGCCAGUGUGCUGGAAAAGUGCUGCCUGCUCUCUUACCAUCAUGAGAUUUUCUCUGCUGUUCCAGAAACAAAGGGCUCAAGCACCCCUUUCAAUCCUGUGACGGGGAUCCUCCCUCGGGCUGUAAGCCUGGUCCUUCAUUCAGUGACAAAUAAAGCCAUUGUGCUCUGAGGCCUGCACUGCCGCAGGUGCA